AUGUCUCAGAGCAGCGAGGCGCCGUCCGCCGCCGUGGGUGGCGGCGGAGUCAGCGAAAUCAUACUCUUCGGUGUGAGAGUCAAGGUUGAUCCAAUGAGGAAGAGCGUGAGCAUGAACAAUCUGUCCGAAUACGAGCCUGCCGGCAAGGACGGCGGCGGUGGAGAUGCACCAAGGGCUUCGGCGGAGGAUGGCGGCGGCACGGGCUACGCAUCCGCCGACGACUCCGUGCCCCGGGCCUCUAACCGGAACCGCGAGCGCAAGCGAGGCAAGAUUGGUGUUCCAUGGACAGAGGAAGAACAUAGGCUUUUCUUAAUUGGGUUGGAGAGGGUUGGUAAGGGAGAUUGGAGAGGAAUCUCUAAAAACUUUGUGAAAACUCGUACUCCGACCCAAGUUGCUAGCCACGCCCAGAAGUACUUCAUUCGCCGGAAUAACGUCAACUGCCGCCGCCGGAGAUCGAGCCUCUUUGACAUAACCACCGACUCGGCUACUGCAAUGCAAAUCGAAGAGGGUAAUAAAAACCAAGAGAGCCAUGCAAAACCAAUAGCUGCUGCUAAUGUCGAGGGAUUCUCAGUCGAGCCUUCCCCUAGCCUGGUUCUACACUCGAUGCAAGAUGAAAAAUCAAUGGAAAAAUCGAGUCUUGCUCCGAAAAACAUAAUAAAAACCUCGUCAAAGGUCUUUCGUUCUGUUCCCACACCUACUCCCUCAACAAUGGUGGAUCUCAACUUAAAUCAGGAAGCGCCGCUCGAGCCAUUACCAUUAUCUUUGAGGCUUUCACUUUCAUCUGAUGUAGAUCAUCGCUUUACAAACGUUUCGGAUUAUGGGAUUAUGCCAAGCUUAAAGAACGGUGAUAACUAUAUCAGUGUUGCUUGA